ACCGAGAGAGGAUUCAACUUCAAGUGUUACACGAUUUAUCUGUAUACGGUUGUUACACGCGAGAUCUCACUCUCCUCCUUUCCUUCGACAUAUUCAACCUUGGAGACUCCCUCCCUCUCAAGACGAAAGAAAUUCACGAGAAAAAUCAAACAUUUCUACACCUCCAUCCCUCUCCAGAUUAACGCUGCUUGAAAAUAAUUCGUGAAACUUCUUCGUUAAUUCAUCGUUCGAUCUUUCUCUAACAAUGAUCCGAUUUAUACUCCUGCAAAACAGACAAGGCAAGACUCGUCUCGCUAAAUACUAUGUUCCUCUUGAGGAUUCCGAGAAGCACAAAGUCGAAUACGAGGUUCACCGAUUGGUUGUUAAUAGAGAUGCUAAAUUCACGAAUUUUGUUGAGUUUAGGACACACAAGGUGAUAUACAGGCGGUAUGCUGGAUUGUUUUUUUCGCUGUGUGUCGACAUAACGGAUAACGAAUUGGCUUAUUUGGAGUGCAUUCAUUUAUUUGUGGAGAUAUUGGAUCAUUUCUUCAGCAAUGUGUGUGAGCUAGAUUUGGUGUUUAACUUUCACAAGGUUUAUUUGAUACUUGAUGAAUUCAUUCUCGCUGGGGAGCUUCAAGAAACAAGCAAGAGGGCAAUCAUAGAGAGAAUGGGAGAGCUGGAGAAGCUGGAGUAAGCAUCUUUUCUGCAGAAAAGAGUGUCUGAGUGUCAAUUUGGUCCUCCAUUUUUUCUUCCUGUAUUUGUAUGUCUCGUUCUUUAUUGUUCGGCAGUUAUUUCUAUACCCAUCCAGCACAGCCAGCUCAUACCUUGUAAUAGUGGACAUUUUUGCCAGAAAUUGCUUAUUUUAUCCUUCGGUUCCCA